AUGCUUCAAUUUCGAGUUGCUACCAUAGAUGACCUCUCUACCGUCCACAAUCUCGUCGAGACGUCUUUUCGGAGCGCUGAUCCCCGGCCAAACUGGACAGCUGAGCAAUACUUGAACGAUUCUUUUUCUUUACCCAUUGAGGUUGUGGAAGCCACCAUUACUUCGGAGAACGGCGCGUAUCUGGUCGCUUCCCUUCCAUCCGACCCCGACACCGUCAUUGCCACCGUUGCGGUCCGUCAUGCGACACCUGGACUAUCAAAGCUCGGGUUUCUGGCCGUGUCUCCUAGCGCUCAACGAGGUGGUCUAGGUCGCAAGGUAGUUGCUGAAGCAGAGGCCUAUAGCAAAAGGACUUGGGGUGUGACAACGAUGCAGCUGAAUGCGUUGUCCACUCGUCAUGUUCUGAUGGAUUGGUACGGCAGACAAGGUUAUGUCAAAACCGGCGAAACCGAGACCAAGGAUUUUGACGAUGGCACUCAUCUCGAUCUCAUCAUGAUGGAGAAGCCCGUUUAA